AUGCCCAAUUCCCUCUUCAAGGGAAGGGGCGAGUUUAACUCCGGAGGUUCUGGUGUUCGAAGCGGCAGGGAAGGGCUGGUGUUUAUGAAAGAGCAGAGAACACAUGAGGUUCAGCAAGGCCAAGUGCAAGGUCCUGCAGCUGGCCUUAUGCUGCUAUAUUUUUGUUUAACAGGUUUGCCUGUUUGCCCAGAGCUGACUCGAGAGCACAUUCCUAAAACCAGGGAUGUGGGUCACUUUUUAUCUGUUACUGGGACUGUCAUACGUACCAGUUUGGUGAAAGUUUUGGAGUUUGAGCGGAGUUAUAUCUGCAAUAAGUGCAAACAUGUGUUUGUCGUCAAGGCUGACUUUGAACAGUACUACACCUUCUGUCGUCCAUCAGCCUGUCUCAAUGAAGAAGGCUGCAACUCAACCAAGUUCACAUGUCUCUCUGGAACAACCUCUUCCCCUACGUGCUGCAGAGACUAUCAAGAAAUCAAAAUUCAGGAACAGGUUCAAAGACUGUCUGUUGGAAGCAUCCCUCGUUGCAUGGUGGUUGUCCUGGAAGAUGACUUAGUGGACAGUUGCAAGUCUGGAGAUGACAUCACAGUGUAUGGAGUGGUAAUGCAGAGGUGGAAACCUUUCCGUGAGGAUGCACGCUGCGACUUGGAGCUUGUUUUGAAAGCCAACUACAUUAAAGUAAACAAUGAGCAGCUAGCAGGGGUUGUAAUUGAUGAAGAAGUCCGCAAGGAAUUUGAAGAUUUCUGGGAAAAGCAUAGGGAUGAUCCGUUAGCAGGGAGGAAUGAAAUUUUGGCUAGCUUAUGUCCUCAAGUUUUUGGAUUGUACCUGGUGAAGUUGGCUGUAGCCAUGGUGCUUGCUGGUGGUGUACAGAGGACUGAUACUACUGGAACUCGAAUCAGAGGUGAAUCGCAUCUGUUGUUGGUUGGAGACCCAGGUACGGGGAAAUCUCAGUUUCUCAAGUAUGCAGUAAAGAUUAUACCGCGCUCUGUGCUUACUGCCGGAAUUGGAUCUACAAGUGCAGGUCUGACAGUGACUGCUGUGAAGGACUUCGGGGAGUGGAACUUGGAAGCUGGAGCACUGGUGCUUGCAGAUGGAGGACUUUGUUGCAUUGAUGAGUUCAAUAGUAUCAAAGAACAUGACAGAACCAGUAUCCAUGAAGCAAUGGAACAGCAAACCAUCAGUGUCGCAAAGGCAGGUUUGGUGUGCAAGCUUAAUACAAGGACAACUAUCCUGGCAGCAACAAACCCAAAAGGCCAUUAUGACCCUAAUGAGUCUGUCUCUGUCAACAUAGCUCUUGGCAGUCCCCUGUUGAGCAGAUUUGACCUGGUCUUAGUAUUGUUAGAUACAAAGAAUGAGGAGUGGGACCGCAUCAUUUCAUCCUUCAUCUUGCAGAAUAAAGGUUGCCCAAGCAAAUCAGAGAAGCUCUGGAGCAUGGAAAAGAUGAAAACCUACUUCUGCCUUAUAAAAAGUAUACAGCCAAAAUUGUCUGAUGAGAGCAACCUGAUCCUUGUACGCUACUAUCAAAUGCAGCGUCAGAGUGACUGCAGAAAUGCUGCCCGAACAACCAUUCGCUUGCUAGAGAGUUUGAUACGCCUUGCAGAAGCUCAUGCCCGGUUGAUGUUUAGGGAUAUUGUGACGUUGGAAGAUGCUGUAACUGUGGUAUCGGUGAUGGAAUCUUCUAUGCAGGGGGGUGCACUUCUUGGAGGCAUCAAUGCCUUACACACCUCAUUUCCAGAAAAUCCCAUGGCGCAGUACCGAACACAGUGUGAACUGAUAUUGGGGCGACUGGAGCUGCAAGAUCUUCUACACAAAGAGCUACAAAGACUUGACAGAUUACAGAAGGAGAAUUCAUGCCAGCCGCAGCCUGAAGAGACAAUUUUCAGUACUACAAGAUGCUUGGACAAGGAUACAUUUGGGCAGUCAAAGCAAAUGUCUCAGUCAGAACCUUCAGAUCAACAAGAGACUAACUUCUGGCCACAGCCUUCUUUGCCCGAAGGCAACUGUGAAGGGGAUACACAUCUAGAACCCUUAUGCAAUCUGGCACACAGUAAUAACAAAACGACAAACCACUUGAUUAAACAUAGUAAGAGAGGUGAUGAUGGCAGCCUGGCUUGGUUUGAUAGCCUGGAAGAGAGCAACAGUGAUGCUGUAGAAGCUUUUCAGAAAAAAUCUCCGGUGCCCAAGAUAUCUCCAGAAAACUUGGCUUCAAAAACCCUGUCUAAAACAUCCUGUUCUGAAGAAAAAAAUUCUUCAAUACCAAGGAAAGGAAAUGGGAUGAGGGAGUCACUAGCGACUGUGAAUCUGCAUGCUCCUUUGGAACAGGGCAAAGUUUCCAAGAUAAGCAGGAAAAGGACUGAAGAACACAACUGUUUUUCUUCAGAAGCAAAUACUCAAGACCCAGCAUCACCAAGUGCUAGUGUGCAGGAUUCAGUUGUUACACAGCGCGUUUCUAAAAGCUGGCAGAAACUGCACACAGAGAAAUCACGUGGAUUCUUUACAAGUACACAGGACCCCAAGGCAAAGGCCCUUCCUUCAGCAUUACCUGUGUCUGGCCCAGCAGAUCUUUCAAGUGAUGCAGAUUCUGUGCUAGGGGAGGAAGAGAACAGCAUAUCUGUACCAGCAAAAACUGCAACAAUUUCCAUGAGAAAAAGAAGUAAAAGUCAAGUAGUGAAGGAAACAGAGGUAGUAAGUUCCCAUGAGCCACAAAUCCUUGACAGUGAAAGUCCUCCAGCAGCUAAACUAGCUAAAUUUUCUUUCAGACUAAGGACAAAACUUGAUCAUUCUUCAGAGGUGAAAAAUGAAGAAUUUUCUCUUUUUCAGAGUGAAACUAUUUUUAAGCCUGGAGAGCAGCUCCAGGGAAAGCAGCUGCCAGAAGAAUGCUGCCCACCUGAGACAUCCAAGAUGACGUUGACUCGCUUGGGAAAAAAUAGUUUGGAAAAACGAUCAAGAAGUGCAACAAUACACUCUGAUGUCAGUUUUGAUGCCAUGUCAUCUCCACCCAUUGAGAAGAAAAUGGAGGGAGAGAAGAAGCUUGGUGGCCCAAGCACAGGGAAGGUGCGCUCCAGCACAUUAGCCAAACUGUCGACAUUCUCCUUUGCAUCACGUCAUGAGUCAAAAUUGGAAACCUCACCUACCAUUGAGAUUGACACUAACAAACAUAGCCCACUGCUGAAGGUUCACGUGAGCAAUCCUAGCAGAAGGAAGAGUUUUGCAUUGGGAAAUGCUAGUAAAGCCAGUGUGGUCACACAGAGACCUCUCUUCUCGAUAGCAGAGCUAGAUGAUGCUACAUUAGAUUUUGACUGGGAUGAAGAGGUUAGGAAAAAUCCAAGCACAUAA